AGACAACUCAUUUGAUUGGGCUCUCUAACUGUUCAUAGUAUGGCUCGUUUCAUGAGCGCCGCCUCUGAAUGGUUAGCCUUAUAUAGCUUGGGGUCCAUCUAUUUGUUGUCCUUUGAUUCUUAAACCGAGUCUUUCCCUACCUACAUUGCGUUUUCUCUUGCAUUUUCGAAUCAAACAAACAAAGCUUCACAUACCUCAAGACACAAUGUUCGGCGAAGGUAUCUUCAGUUGGUUCAAGUCCUCCAACAAGGAGUCGGCCCCCGAGGCCACUUGGGACCCCAACACAAUCACCAUGACCCAGCCCCAAAGCCCUGCUGGUCCUAUCACCGAGGUCGUCACUGGCCAGCCUACACCAAACAACAACAUGACCCUUCGUGGUGGUGGUCCUCCCCCUGGACCUGGCGGUGACGAUUGCUGCUGCUGCUUCGACUGCUUCUGCUGCUGUGGUGACUGCUGUGGUCCCGACGGUCCUCCUGGAGGCUUCGGUGGCCCUGGCGGUCCCGGUGGUCCUGGAGGUCCUGGAGGCCCCGGCGGCCCUGGUGGUGGCCCUGGUGGCCCUGGUGGUUGGUAAACAGUACAUACCAACAACGAUGAUUACGUUUCCUUUAAUCGUUUUAUUCGCCACGUUCGAACUUGAUACCACUAUAUUGAAUGCGCUGUUGUGGCGUAAUGCAUGGGAAGGGGC